CUCUGACAACGCUUCGAAAUGUCUAUUUUUAGUGUAGUAAAUUUGUGUCACUCUGGUUUCCUCUCGUACCUUGUGCUAUUCUCUUUUUACAUUUCAACAACGUCCUCAGUGAGUCUUGACUUGACUGAACAAAGAAACAAAGUCGCAAAGAUUAAAGUUAACCCAAGAGGAAAUUUAUGGGCAACAGGUCAUUUUAUGGGGAAGAAAAGUGUUGUGGACAGCGAACAAUUGCGUACCGACGCUAUGAUGGAAGGCACCGAGGCUGCACCGAAUGCACAGCAGGUCGAACCCAUGGACCUCUUACCGGAGGCGCUGAAGAUCGCGCUUCAAACACACAUGGACUCGCAAGAGAUCCGCCACAACAUUCCGGAGACUGCAUUAUUAAUGAAGAUAUUAGACAGCUACAUCCAAGGAAACAUUUGA